AUGAACAGACAUCCCGUAGAUAAUAUUCUCCUCCAAUGCAACUAUCCAAUCGAUUCUCGUCAAAGAAUCAAAACCGAUAUAAUUGCUAUUAUUACCAAAAAUCCUCAAUUGAAUCCUCGUGUGAUACGUGUAGUUGAGCAAAAUCAGCCUACGAACGAAUGCUCCUUAGAAGGCACAAUCCCUAUUCAAUAUAAAGGUGUAAAUUACAACAUUCUGAUCAAUUGUAUUCUUCCGCUGUAUUACCCACAUGUAGCUCCUAUUAUUUUUGUCGUCCCAUUAGAGAGAAUGGUUGUCAAAGCAGGGAACUUUGUGGAAGCUGAUGGAAGAGUAAAACACCCUCUGCUAACCAGCUGGAAUAUUAAGAACUCAAGCUUAGGUGCUGUUCUUGCAGAGUUAAGCAAAGUUUUCUCCCAAGAAUGCCCAGUCUUUAAGCAAAGUGAUAAAAAGCCUGCAGUUCAGCCUCAGCCUCAAUAUCAGUCUGCUCCAGCACCAGCUCCUACAGGCCCAGCUCCUAAACCUCAAAAUUAUGAGCCUACUACAUCUAUAAGAGAAUGCAAUGACAGAUUAAUUCAGCUCUACAGAACGGUAUCCUUAGACAUAACAAGAGAAAAUCAAGAAUUAAUUUCGAAAAAAGACCAACUGAUGCACCACAAAAACGAGCUCUUGAGUCUCAAACAAAAUGCUAUAGAGGCUAUCAAAACCAUCAAAAUCGACCUCAAAGCCCAAGAAGGUGCCGAACAGAAAAUGAAAAGUUCAGCCCAAUCCUCAGAAGAAUGGGAUUGCUUAUCAGAACUCACCCCAGAAAUCCCAGUCCAUCAACAAAUAUAGUGUUUUCCCAUGAAUGGCGCUAAUUUGGCCUCGAUUUUCCCAUUGGGAAAAUUUUUUGGUUUGACCAAACCAUAUGAUACUGGUUGAGCCAAAAAAUUUUCCCACUGGGAAAAUCAAGGCCAAAACAGCGCGAUCCACAGGAAAUCGCAAUACUUUUACUUGUCAGCGAAGAACAAGCUUACGAGCAAACCCUCUUACUCCUCAGAAAGCUCUUCGAAACAAGGAAAAUUUCUGCAGAUUCCUUCGUCAGAAACAUGAAAGAAAUGACCAAUAAGUACUUUUUAGUAUCCAGACUCCGUGAAAAAGCUGUUAAAUCAUUAAUUAGAUAG